AUGGCGAUCAAGUGGAUCCAUUUAUUACUCUUGUUGCUCGUUUUUAGCACCAUUUCCAAGGGCAAUCAUGCUCAUCAAUGGGUCAAAAUGAUGCAGUUACAACCUGCUACAAGACGAUUCAGUCAAGACACGGCUACUCAUCAUGAUCCAAUGUUUAAAAACUAUCUACAAUUUAUUAAGGAAUAUAACAAGAGUUACAAUAAUAUACAAGAAUUAAACUAUCGUUAUCAAGUAUUUACGAAAAACAUGGCUAGAGCUAUGCUAUUUCAAAAGCAUGAUAACGCUACCGGACGCUACGGUUUCACCAAGCUUAGUGAUUUAACAGAUCAAGAAGUUAAAUCAUUUUAUGCUAUGAAAAAGUGGCCACAACAACUUUACCCUACUAAAAAAGCAAACAUUCCUCAAUUAAAUUCCCUCCCUCAAUCCUUCGAUUGGAGAAGUAAAGGAGCUGUUACAGCCGUUAAAGAUCAGAAACGUUGCGGUGCAUGCUGGGCGUUUGCUACUACUGGUAAUAUUGAGGGUCAAUGGUACCUAAAUAAAGGCAAAUUAUACUCAUUAAGUGAACAAGAGUUGGUAGAUUGCGAUAAGAUCGAUGAAGGUUGCAAAGGAGGGUUACCACUCAAUGCGUAUCAUUCUAUCAUGAAUCGACUGGGAGGCUUGGAAACUGAAAAAGAUUACCCUUAUGUUGCUAAAAAUGGUAAAUGCAAGCUCAAUAAAAGUGAAGAAGUUGUUUACAUUAAUUCCUCUGUUAAAGUAUCAACGAACGAGACAGAUCUUGCUGCUUGGCUUGUUGCACAUGGUCCCGUUGCAAUUGGAAUUAACUCCGUAAACAUGCUGCAUUACAAAGGAGGAAUAGCUCAUCCAACAAACAAAGACUGCAAUCCGAAAUUAUUAGAUCAUGGAGUUUUAAUCGUUGGCUAUGGUGAAGAGAAAAGUACACCCUAUUGGAUAAUAAAAAAUAGUUGGGGAACCGAUUGGGGAGAAAAGGGUUAUUACAGAGUGGUACGUGGCAUUGGAGCAUGUGGACUGAAUAAAUCGGCGACAUCUGCAAUUGUGUACUAA